CAGUCAUCCACUGAUCUUAGUCACUGCCUGAUUAGAACUUCAUACUUUUAAGGCAAACAUGUGGCUUCUUGUUCUGGCCUAUUCCCUGAUUCAUUUUUCAGUUGUAUCUUCGAACUUGGAUGCUUGCUCUAGGAGCGUCAAUGAAUUCUGCCCAUUACAACCUAACCUGAACUUUACAGAUAAUGAAGAAUCACUGCGUGCUGCAUGCGCAGCGUUUGUGGGCAAUGCAGUCUGCCGCAGUUUCUUAGCUGGCCAUUGCGUAGGCCGUGAAAUCUUCAAGCCAGGAGAAUUGGACGGUAUUAUGCAGCUUACAAACGAUAUCUGUGUUAAUAAAAGCAACGAACUUCGCACUAUGACUCUGGAAGCAAUGCCAUGCAUUAAGCUUGAAUAUUAUGAAUCAAACUGUACUCAUGGAGAAGAAGAAUUGCUGCGGAGAUACUACCAGCAUGUGGCUUCUUAUGCGCCUCUAUUUCCCCAAAUUACAGAUUGCAUAAAUUUUCUAUCAUGGGCAAAGUGUGCAACUGAAUCUACAUUGAAUAUGUGCGGCGGUAGAGCUCGAUUUGCUGUUUUGAGGUCAAACUUUCUCGCAGGGUGGAUUAUCAUUGCUCUCCUACUGUCAUCGCAGAUAUUUUGAUAAGAUUUCUAGAAUUAAAUAUUGAUAUGGCUCUGGUUAAUUUCUAUUAUAACUUACGCAGAGUUGACUAAAGAUUAUUGCUGUUUAUUAUUAUUUCAGCUUGAAUUAUGAUGUAAUUUAUUUUUUUAUCUUUGAGUUCUGAAAAUAAUGUAGGCGCAUUAUUUUUAGAACAUUAUUAUAUUUAUUUUGGUUUUACUCUUG